AGAGGCACUCUAGACGUCAAAUACAACCUUGGACCCGGCUUUGACGGUGACAUUACGGUUUCAAUGAAUGUUAGAAAUUAUUAUCAAGUCAAAUCAAUCUACAACGUGAUUGGAACUAUGUAUGGCAGCGUCGAACCUGAUCGGAUCGUUUUGAUUGGUAACCAUAGAGACUCGUGGGUAAACGGAGCUGUUGAUGCCUCUACCGGGACCACAGUGACCACUGAAAUUGCUCGCGGGCUCGGAGAACUGAAGGACGCAGGAUGGAAGCCACGUCGAACAAUUAAGGUAGAAACCAAUCUAGUCUGA